AUGAGAUUGCAAGGUAAUAAAAUAGGGACACAUAUAGAUGAGUUGAGAGUUUUUUCAGAUUGGAUUUUGGCAAUUGGCGAUGGUAUAGUUGGUACUUCUGUUCAGGGCAAUGAAAAAGUCCAAAUACCAGAUGAUCUUUUGAUAAAACAAUCUGUUGAUCCAACAUCUGUAAUUGUAGAAAGAUUAUGUAAUGGAACAAGGUUUAUCAUAACUAAACUUGGAAAUCAAGUUAUUGAAGCCAAGGUGUUAGUAGGACAGAUGGCCGGACAGAAAGUGUUUAUUCCAAGAAUGACAUUGACAUUAUCUGAUGCUAGAAUUCCAUUUAAAUUCCAGCGAAGACAAUUUCCAAUCACUGUUUCUUUUGCCAUGACACUCAACAAAAGUCAAGGACAGUCAUUGUCUCACGUGGGUUUAUUUUUGAAGAAACCAGUUUUUACACAUGGACAACUAUAUGUUGCUCUUUCUCGGGUGACAAGAAGAAAGGGAUUAAAAAUUUUGGUUUGUGAUGCCGAUGGGUAA